AUGGACUGUUGCAUUUGCAGUGCCUUGCCUUAUAUUCUUAGGCCUCCAAGAAACACAAUCUGUGGAGCUUGUUAUGAUGGAGCCCGAAGCAUAAUCACUCUAACUAACAAAUUCGACUGCGAAAAGGUCUCGGAUUGUAAUCCGAGCAACAAUUUUUCUUCUUCAUCGAAUUCAACUAAGGGAUUUGCGAACGCGUUAAAAUGGAUAAAGGAGAUGAAGGAAAUGGAAGAGAUGCAAAAUGAGAAGAUAAGUUAUUUGAGUGAGUUUGCAAUGGUUUUCAAGGAUCAAAUUCACACUGAUAUCCAAGUCAAGCCCGGGAAAAACGAACCCUCUAUUCCCGCGCAUCGAGCCUUAUUGGCGGCAAGAUCGAGCAUUUUUCGAAACAUACUCGACUCAGACGAGUGCAAGGCCCCACCAAACCACACGAUAACUCUUCCCGAACUUAACCACGAGGAGUUGAGUUCGCUCCUUGAGUUUCUAUAUCGAGGAAGUCUCCCGAGAGAAAAAAUCGAGAGGCACGUUUAUACUUUAUCGGUUGCUGCAGAUAAAUACGAAAUCCCGUUUCUCGGGAGGUUUUGCGAGAACUAUAUGUUGGGCUCGUUGAGCACUUCAAACGCGCUCGACGUAUUGGAAAUAUCCGACACGUGUUCGAACCAAUCGUUGAAGGACACGGCUUUGAACUUCAUCGUUCGAAAUAUGGAGGACGUGGUUUUUUCCGAGCGUUUCGAUGCGUUCGCGCUCAAGAAUCCGCAUCUAACGGUGCAGAUUACGAGGGCUUCGUUUAUGGAGAUAAGAAAUAAAAGGAUCGAUGCCAAAAGCAUAGUUACUCUCACGAAAAAAAUUGAUAAAGAAAAUAGCGAUGAUAAUAAAUCCAGUGGUAUCUCAUCUUCUUCUUCACCAAAUUCGGCCAAGGGACUAGGAAAAGCGGUACAAUGGGUGAAGGAAAUGAAGGAAUAUGAAGAGUUGCAAAAAGAGAGGAUAAAUUAUUUGAGUGGAAUUGCAGUAAUAUUAAGUGAUGGGAUUCACACUGAUAUUGAAGUGAAGCCUGGAAAAGAUGGACCCUCUAUUCCUGCACACAAAGCCUUAUUGGCAGCAAGAUCGAGCAUGUUUCAAAACAUGCUCGACUCGGACGAGUGCGAGGCCCCACCGAACAACACGUUAACUGUUCCCGAACUUAACCACGAUGAGUUGAGUUCGCUCCUCGAGUUUCUAUACGGAGGGAGUCUCGAGAGAGAAAAAAUCGAGAGGCACGUGUACACUUUAUUGGUUGCUGCGGAUAAAUACGAAAUCCCGUUUCUCAAGAGGUUUUGCGAGAGCUACAUGUUGGGCUCAUUGAGCACUUCAAACGCGCUCGACGUAUUGGAAAUAUCCGACACGUGUUCCAACCAAUUGUUGAAGGACACGGCUUUGAACUUCAUCAUUCGAAACAUGGAGGAUGUGGUUUUUUCCGAGCAUUUCGAAGCUUUCGCGCUAAAAAAUCCUAGUUUAACCGUGCAGAUUACGAAGGCGUCGUUUACGGAGAUGAGAAAUAAAAGGAUCCGUUCUCAUCUCAUACUCAAUCUCUUAUCCUUCGAGCGGCGGCGGCAAGACGUUGCGAGGCUUCGACUCGAGCGGCGGGACCUCGACUCGAGUGGCGAGCGGCGAGACCUUCGACAAUUGCACUGGAGCGGCGAGUGGCUAGCGGUAAGCAGUGUCUCCGAGCGGCGCCGGGAACGACAAGGCAACUCCAUUUCGGUAAAGGCUCCAUAUCCCACAAACAUAAUCUGUGGAGUUUGUUGUGGAGAUGCCAAAAGCAUAGUUACUCUCACGCAAAAAAUUGAUAAAGAAAAUAGCUAUGAUAAUAAAUCCAGUGGUAACUCAUCUUCUUCUUCACCAAAUUCGGCUAAGGGACUAGGAAAAGCGGUACAAUGGGUGAAGGAAAUGAAGAAAUAUGAAGAGUUGCAAAAAGAGAGGAUAGAUUAUUUGAGUGGAAUCGCAGUAAUAUUAAGUGAUGGGAUUCAUACCGAUAUUGAAGUGAAGCCUGGAAAUGGUGGACCCUCUAUUCCUGCACACAAAGCCUUAUUGGCAGCAAGAUCGAGCAUGUUUCGAAACAUGCUCGACUCAGACGAGUGCGAGGCUCCACCGAACAACACGAUAACUGUUCCCGAACUUAACCACGAUGAGUUGAGUUCGCUCCUCGAGUUUCUAUACGGAGGGAGUCUAGAGAGAGAAAAAACCGAGAGGCACGUGUACACUUUAUUGGUUGCUGCGGAUAAAUACGAAAUCCCGUUUCUCAAGAGGUUUUGCGAGAGCCACAUGUUGGGCUCGUUGAGCACUUCAAACGCGCUCGACGUAUUGGAAAUAUCCGACACGUGUUCCAACCAAUCGUUGAAGGACACGGCUUUGAAUUUCAUCGUUCGAAACAUGGAGGACGUGGUUUUUUCCGAGCGUUUCGAAGCUUUCGCGCUAAAAAAUCCUCGUUUAACCGUGCAGAUUAUGAAGGCGUUGUUUACGGAGAUGAGAAAUAAAAGGAUCCAUGCCAAAAGCAUAGUUACUCUCACGAAAAUAAUUGAUAAAGAAAAUAGCUAUGAUAAUAAAUCCAGUGGUAUCUCAUCUUCUUCUUCACCAAAUUCGGCCAAGGGACUAGAAAAAGCGGUACAAUGGGUGAAGGGAAUGAAGAGAAAUGAAAAGUUGCAAAAAGAGAGGAUGAUUUAUUUGCAUAGAAUUGCAGUAAUAUUAAGGGAUGGGAUUCAUACUGAUAUCGAAGUGAAGCCUGGAAAUGAUGGACCCUCUAUUCCUUCACACAAAGCCUUAUUGGCAGCAAGAUCGAGCAUUUUUCGAAACAUGCUCGACUCGGACGAGUGCAAGGCCCCACCCAACCACACGAUAACUCUUCCCGAAUUUAACCACGAUGAGUUGAGUUCGCUCCUCGAGUUUCUAUACCGAGGGAUUCUCUCGAGAGAAAAAAUCGAGAGGCACGUGUAUACUUUAUUGGUUGCUGCGGAUAAAUACGAAAUCCCGUUUCUCAAGAGGUUUUGCGAGACCUACAUGUUGGGCACGUUGAGCACUUCAAAUGCGCUCGAUGUGUUGGAAAUAUCCGACACGUGUUCCAACCAAUCGUUGAAGGACACGGCUUUGAACUUCAUAGUUCGAAACAUGGAGGACGUGGUUUUUUCCGAGCGUUUCGAUGCUUUCGCGCUAAAAAAUCCUCAUUUAACCGCGCAGAUUACGAGGGCGUCGUUUAUGGAGAUAAGAAAUAAAAGGAUCCUUAUUUAA